GAUUUCGUCGCGCGCUGGAGGGAAGUCCGUUUUUCCGCCUCGAUCCAGCCCGUCUCGAUUAUUUCGAGCGUCUCUCGCGACUCGUUUCGGUCGCCGGCCACCUCCAACAGGUUGUCCCCGCCGUGAACGUGUCAACAGAGCGGCGUGGCUGUUUUCGGUGAAACUCAAGAGGAGAUCGGGUUGCUAAGCGGUUCCCGUUCGUAAACCGCCGAUAUAUUUUCAGUGUUACUGGAACAUCCAGCGCGUAUCGCCGCCGCUGCGCCAGUCGUCCCGGGGUCCAGCGAGGCGACAACAGCCCCGACGAUUCCCUCGACGAUAACAGAGAAACAUUUUCGCCGGUGAACCCGGCCACUCGGAUGAAUCACGAUCUCGUCUCUUGUUUCGUAACGAUAAAAGAAAAUUGAAAUUGCGAAUCAAAAAGUUUGAAAAUUUGACUGCCUGACGAGCAACAAAGUGGUGGCGAUGAUUCUAAACUAAAAACUUUCGCUGGAUUCGCCUUGCUUUGACAGAUGAGUCUGCACGUGCAUGAUGAAGAAAUUUUACGUGAUAUUCUUUCUGAUAUGCGUGUCCACCGCUGAACCGCCCAAUUGCAACGAUCCGAAUUGGCACUCGUUGGAGACGUCAGAGUCCUCGAAAUCGGAGUGCGGAUCGAUCUUCGAGUAUCGUUGUUCCUGCAUGAGGACCUGUUACGAGAACCGUCAUCAAUAUGUUGUCAACUGCACCGACUCGGGAUUCUAUAAUACCGCGCCUUUAACACGCUUACCGAACGAAACGCAAGUUCUAAUUUUCACGGGGAACUAUCUAGAGGAACUGCCCUGGAAUGUGUUUGGCACCCUGGACAGUCUACCCGAAUUACGCGUGAUCGACAUGUCGAAGAAUAAAAUCAGAGAGAUUCGAGGGAAGGCGUACCACCACGUCCAACGCGUCGAGCGUCUUAUUCUCGAUUUCAACAAGCUCUCGUUGGACCCCGGGAGGAGCCAUCCCAGAGUGUUCUCCAAUUUUGUAUCGUUACUGGAACUCCAUCUGACCGACGCUUUCGAAGAUGGUCCACCGAGGGAUCUAGCAGCCACGCUACACGAUAUUUUUGUGAACAGCAAUUUGACGCAACUGAUGAAGCUGCAUCUGGAACAAAAUGAAAUAUCAGAAUUCCGGGACCCCAACGUGUUCUGCGACCUACCUAACAUCUUGGAUCUAUAUCUGGGCGACAAUACGCUGAACGCUCUUCAUUUUAAUAUAUCGUGUUUGCACAAGCUACGUUUCCUGGACCUGCAACGCAACAACUUCACCAAACUGCUCGAUCGCGACCUCCACGCCAUGGACGCGAUAGCCAAGCGCAAUCAGAGCAUAGCGGUGGACUUCACUGGAAAUCCCCUCGAAUGUUCCUGCAAGCUCAAUCCCUUUGUUAAAUGGAUGAAGAAGACUAAAGUAUUUGUUCGCAAUAAGAGCAGCUUGAAGUGCAACGAAGAUAAAACGAUGCACGAGAUCCACGAGACGAAGAACUGCGCGCCAAAGUUGUUCUCAUCGGCGCCGCGCGGUGCUACCAUUCUGUUGUUUUUCCUGUCGUUGGUGUUGAUAGGACUGGUGUGCGCGUUAAUUUACGUGCAACGCACGAAACUGCAAAAGAAAAUCGAGCCAAUAUUAGAUUCGGUCAACAAAAGGGUGCGGUACACCUCGAUAGCAACGGGCGACACUCGCGAGGAUGUCUAGCAAACGAUUAACUUUUCUAAAUAAAAUAUAGGCGUCUAUCGAUCUCGAUAGACAGUAGAUUUAAUAACAAUCAACGCUAACGUUCAUCAGCGUGUACUUAACAAUCUAGACUGUUUUUUUUUAACCGUUGCGAAGUUCUACUUUUUCUAUUGUAAAAUACAUAUUAUAUAAUAUUUUAGAUAGGAAGAAUAUAA